AUGUCACAUCAGCCGUUACCACGAUCUAAUGAUUUGAACGCAGGAUGCCACAUUGUUGCAAUAUCCUGCUUCGUUGGGUUCUGUGUGAAAGGUGGCGAAAUUCUGGCUGUUCUGUUACAGAGGAGAUGUGAAGUUGAUGAGUGGGAAAAGAGGGAGGGAUGAUGGAGGAGGAAGAGAAGGAUGUAGUGUGUGUGUGUGUGUGUGUGUGUAAUCUGCAUAUGGGGAGGUCCCUUGCGCUCUUAAAGCUGCUGUUGGGGCGCGCGAGGUGCACAUCUGCACUGUGGAGACGACAGCAUGCACACGCACACACACAUACACACACACACAAUACACACACACGCUGACAACUCUGGACGGACCCCCCCUGAGACUCCCAAGAUGCAACAGCAGGGCACAUUAGAGCUCCAGACACACAGCAAAGUUCCGGCGAGGAGGGGGCGCAUGUCCGACUGCUCCACAACCCAGGGUGUUCCUCUGUUGAAAUGGCUGCUGCUGGCCACGCUGCUGGCUCCUGGAGCCUGGAGCCUCCUCAGUGAGCAAGAGGAGGAGCUGCUGGUGGAGCUCCACAACUACUACAGAGGGCAGGUGUUCCCGAGUGCCUCUGCCAUGCUGCCUCUGAAAUGGGACCCGGUGCUGAAGCUGCUGGCAGAGGGCUACGCCGCCAAGUGCAUCUGGAACCACAACCCGGACCUGGAGGACACCGGAGAGAACCUAUAUGCCGGCACUGGGACCGUAGACCUGCGGGCAGCGCUGGAGAAGUGGUUCCUGGAACAUCUCUACUAUGACUUCCGUAACAACAGUUGUGAUGAUGACAAGAUGUGUGGACACUACACACAGAUGGUGUGGUCAGAUACACACAGGGUGGGCUGUGCCGUCCACCUGUGUAACAACAUGGAGGGUCUGGAGUGGGAGAGGAUCUCUUUCCUGGUCUGCAACUACUACCCAGCGGGGAACUUCGAAGACGAGCGUCCUUACGUGGAAGGAGAUUCGUGCUCCCAAUGUCCGGAAAAACUACAAACAUGUGAAAACAACCUCUGUGUUCCCGACAUGGAUGACAUGGAUGGCGAAGAAGAGGAGGAGGAGGAGGGUAUGCUUCUUCUUCCUGCCGCAACAACAGAGUUAUUCCACCAGGCAGACGUCACCACCAGAAUCAGCAGAACUAGCAAAACCACCUCUCCGCCACCGACUCCCAGUCUUCUACCUCCUCUCGUGACAUCCAAAUCCAACUUCCUCUCGGGUGAGGAAGAGGAGGAGGAGGGUGUGCCUGUUCUUCCUCUCACAACAACAGAGUCAUACCACAAAGCGGACAUCACCAGCAGCACUAGAAGAACCAUUCCACCCCCACAGACCCCCACUACAGUCCAGAGGAAGUCAGCCAUGAGGAAGGAGGUGGAUUCAAAGGCAGGACAACAAGAAACAAGAAUGGAGGGGCUACCAAUCUUCACAAUAGCUCAGAAAGACAUUCCAAUCAUGACGAGUGCCACCUCCUCACCUUCCCCACCUUCACUCAUGCUUGUUCUUUUUCUCGCCUUUAGCCUCAUCAUCUUCAUCAUGGUGCCAUUGUGAGGGAGAGGAUGACACACACACACACACACACAGACACACACACAACACAUCUCUUAUCAGUUUGUCCAAAAUACUAUGUGAAAUCAGGGGAAAUUUUGUGAUGAUAUGAUGACAAGUGUAUACAUACAACUAUUAGAAAUGUAUUUCUCUAGUAAUUAUAAUUUCAAGCAGCACCGUAGUGUAGUGGUCAGCAUCUUUACAUCAGUUGAGAGUUUGAAUCUUGGCUCAGGCCCUCCUAUGUAGAGUUUGCAUGUUGCAUGAGAUGGCUAGGAAGCUAAUGAGCAUGACAUGGAUGCAAACUAGCAUGAAGAGACAACAGGGCGAGGGUGACAAGGUGAAAAAAAAAAGUUAGCGACCAGUGACAUAAAUGUAAAUCCUUCACAGUGUCCCUUUAAUGGGAAGUGGACUGACAAACUAGGAGCUUCCAGCAAUAAAUAAAAAACUACAAACAGGAAGUUACAAGUAUUUUGACAAUUUCAUGAAUUUGUUUUGAGCUUGAUGAGACUUUUUUGAAGUUGUAAAUCCCACGGUUGGGUUUUUGUGGUGUUGGAAGGCAAGACAAAAUGUGGAGGACCCACGUGCAGGGAAGCAGGGAGGAAAGGCAGGAGUGCAGGAAUAUUAAAAAAAAGAACAUUUAUUUCCAAAAAAAGGCACAGGGACCUGCAGCAGCUGCCAAGGAGCAGGCACGGGGACCUGCCGCAGCUGCCGAGGAGCAGGCAUGGGGACCUGCCACAGCUGCCGAGGAGCACAAAUAGGGUUUGCAGGCGCUUCCUCAGCCUGCCGCCAUAGAGGUUUGGGAACACAAGAAACAAGAGGGGACAGUGCACAGGAACGGUGGACGAGGAAACACGGGUGGUACGAGACAAGGUGACGAAAUAGGCAUGGAACGAGGUGACUUGGGGGCAGGUUUGGACGGAAGUGAUUUUGUUGGAGGUGUGGAACAAGGUGUGGAAACUGUUGAAAGAUUAUGUGACUUUGAAACGGGCAGAAAAGCGGGAGGACAAAAUUUGACCUUUACUUGGGCGCCUCCGUUGGCAAACACGCGGAGAGAUGGCCAAACGGGUGCCCAAGUAAAGGUCAGAGGGAAAUGACUUGGGCUUGGACUCGCAGGGUUCGGAAAAUGUGACAAAAACUGACGAGGAUGAGAAAAAUGACUACGGGAAUAACCGUGAAAAACUAAAUUGAGGUCUGAAUCGGUGUCAAAGAAGAUUAACUAAAACAGGGCCAUCUUCAUAAUCUGAUAAAUCUGAAUCUAAAAAAAAUAAACACCGCAUUUACACGACCAUAAGGCGCACCGUAUUAAAAGGCGCAGUCUCAGUUACGGGGUCUAUUUCUGUAUUUAACAGAUGCAUAAGGCGCACCGUAUUAUUGGGCGCAGGCAUGGUAAAACAUACGCUAGCAUAAAACAUACGUUAGCAUGCAUGCACGCUAAAACAAUGUUUUUAAAAAGGCAGCGGGAGCAAA